GCAAAUUUAUUCGUGAGUGGUCCAUUACUCACUGAAGAUACCUGGCUUAGAAAACCCCCAUCCCCUUCGGUGUGUUGCUUCACUACGGUUAUUUGAUCAGCGGUGAGCAAGGCUGCAGAUGCCAGCCAGGACUUGCUCUAGAGGCAGCGCGAAAUAGCAGCGCCCAAGUCCUUGAAGACAUCAGCCAGUGCCCGUUGAAUCUAUCAUAGUUUUUCUUCCCUUUCACCCGGAUUACGAUCUAGCAAUUAGAACGAACUUCGCCAGUCGCAAGAAACGGACUGCUACACUCAUCUCACGCAUCCCUGAAACCUUUCUGGAAAAAAAUCGACUUUCAGAACAUUACAAGCAAUGCCACCGCCUACAACUGGGCCAGCCGGAGAAACACUCACUGCUCUUUUCCGUCAGUCUGAACACGGGAGAGCUUCAGGAAGCUUUGAAAAGCUAUCUUCAGGACUCGGUCAUAAUUCGAACGCCUUACCCUAUUCAGACGGACAUCUGGGUGACUCAGAGCGUGGAGAACAGAAGAACAGCGAAGCUACCGAUACCUCGACCGCCAACGAAGAAGACCAUGGAAGAGGGGAAACAAUAUUUCACACAGACUCCUUCAGCCGGGAAGUAGAAGACAUCCAUAACUACAAACCUGGAGGAUACCACCCCGUCCACCUUGGCGAACAAUACCAGGACGGCCGAUACACAAUCGUCCACAAGCUUGGUUUCGGAGGUUUCUCCACGGUCUGGCUCGCACGCGACAAUCAAUUUCAUCGAUAUGUUGCCUUGAAAUUUGUGUGUUCAGCACACUCCGUAAAAUACAAAGCAACAGAAGCAGAUAUGUCAGACGGGAGCUCGUUCCAGGGCGAUCUACAUCUUGGCUAUCUCCAAUUGCAGGACCAGAAGACACAUGCUAGUGACUGUCAUAUCGGGCUCCUGCUUGAAGUUUUUUCUUUCGAUGGGCCGAAUGGAAAUCAUGCUUGUUUAGUGUACGAAGCUUUAGGGCCCUCUAUGGCGCAAAUUAUUGACGAAGGAAAGCGAUUACGGGGGCAUGUUGUGCGAUCUGUUGGUCGGCAAGUGGCCCAGGCGCUUGCUCAUUUACAUUCAAUAGGUGUUUGCCAUGGCGAUCUCACACUCGGCAACAUUGCGUUAGAACUCGGCCCCAUCCAUUCCUGGAGUGUUGAGGAACUAUACGCCAAAACGCAAUCCCCUAUCAUCCACAAUCCGCAGCACAGCUCUGGCCCCCAACCCUCCUCCCACUUCCCGAAAUACCAAGUCAAACGGAUGAGCAUGCUCCAUCUCGAUCCCCAGUACCUAACCUCGCGCAUCCGGAUCUUCGAUUUUGGCGAAGCCUUUAAAACCAGCCACCCCCCUAAAGACAUCGGUAUCCCGGCCUCCUAUAAAGCGCCUGAGCUUUGGUUCGAGAAGUUCUCUGCUGGCAUGGCGUCGGAUGUUUGGGCGCUUGCAUGCGGUGUGUAUGAAAUGCGUGGGGGUUAUAGUUUGCUGAAUAUUGGAUCUGGAGGUCAUGCUGAGGAGUGCAUUAACCAAAUGAUCGAAUUACUAGGUCCACUUCCCCCGUCCUGGAAUCGGCUGUACUUCGACGAAUACGAUGAGCCCAGGCCGCGAGACGACGCUGAUGCUGCAAAAGGGCUACGAGUAUCACCGCCGUGGCCCGAAGACCCCGUUGAAGACGAUGAGCUAUUUUCCGCAUGUGAAUGGUACAUCAAAGACGAAUACCACGGUACAUUACCAGAAAAUGUGGAAUGGGACAGACAAGGAACUGCGUGUUUUGAAGAAGACGGAAGGACGAUGAAUGUAGCGAGAGAGGGCAUUAAAGGUGUGAAUAUUGCUCGUGAGGAAGCCGUCAGCUUGGCGGAUUUGCUGUCACUGAUGUUGAAGUUUGAACCUAAGGAGCGGAAGGACGCCGCGUCCUUGGUUGAUCAUUAUUGGUUUACAGGGGAGUUUUUGGAGGCGAAGCCCAAGGAUGGUGCACCGCUUUUACUUCAAUCGUGAGAGAGGAAAUAGCAGGCAGG